AUGGCUUCUUACAUGGAUGAACCGAGUACGAAGAAGCAGCGUUUAAAUCCAGAAGAGUCACAGCUCGAAGGUCAGUCACACUCCAGAAAUAUUACGCUAGACAUGGCAAAAUAUGACGAGUGGGUUCGUAAACUGUCAGAUGAAGAACUUGUCAACAUAUUUGGGCUGGGAGUCGCAGUGAAAGAAUCCGUUACCCUCACAGUGGAUGUUAAUCAAAAGUUUAUGAAGGAGACGCUGUCUUCUCAGAUGGAACCGAUCCAACAAUGCGUUUCCGACAUCGAGAAAGAAAUAAAGGCCCAGGUGGAAACUGUGAAAGAUAACGUCAGCAAAGAUGUGAAAGCACUGACAGGCGAUUUGAAAACAGAUAUACAGAAUGCACUCGCUCCGAAGAUAAAAGAAAUUACAGGCACAAUGAACAAAGUUGAAAAGAAUGUAAAUGAUCAAGUGCUGAAGGUGCAAAAGGAAUUAACAACUAAAGUCUGUGAAGGCAUCGAGGGAAUGACGAGCAAUGUGCUUAGUUUCAAAACCGACUUAAGCAAAGGCAUUGAGAAAAUCGGAGGAACAUUAAAGACAGACGUAGACGAGAUUGCCACAAGAGUUCCUGCACUCAACACAUUAGAAACGAGGAUCAAGGAUUCUGAAACCCGUAUCACUAAAUCAUUGGAAAAGCAUGGAGAAAAACUGGAUUUGAUAUCAACCGCUUUACAAAAUCCACAGAAGAAAGGAGCUCGGGCUGAGAAAGACGUACUUGAGAUUCUCAACCAAAACCUUCGCAGAAGUAACUUCACCUUCAGAGACAUUACCCGUGAGAAGGGGAAAGGUGAUAUAGAGGCAGAUACCCCUGAUGGUCACAAAAUCAUGAUUGAAAUAAAGAGCUGGGAGAAUACUGUGAGUAAAGAUGCGAUUGAAACGUUUGAGGGAAACCUUGCGAGGCUUACUCAUUUUAGAGUUGGCAUCUUACUUUCGAUGAAGAGUGGCAUCGCCAACCGAUCUAAAAGAAGUGAAUUUGAAGUUUUGUUUAAUGAUGAUCGAAAGCAAUACAUGAUCUACGUUCCAAAUGCCCUUUACGAGGAGUAUAUGAUUGUGUGGAGUGUCUUGAUGGCCAGUCAAUUGGCAAACAUGCAGGUUGGGGAGCUUGGAGAAAAGAAGAGCCAAGGCCUGCGGAAGGUCUACGAGGAGUUUCAAAAAAAUGCACAGUACAGUAAGAAAAGCAGAGCAGACCUUCAGGCUCUAAGGGUGUUAGUACAGCAGCUAGAAGGAAACGUCGUUCCCUUCCUUGAUGCUGUCGACAAAGCGACAAAAGUUCUCAACAAACUGUUAAAUUGA